AUGGCAACUCCUUACGUUCCAGUUCCUAUGCCCCUAGGGAACUCUGCUUCCAGUUUUGCAACCAACAGAAACCAAAGAAGUUCUUCUUUUGGGAGUACCUCAACAAGCUCAAACUCUUCCAAAAGCCAGUUAGAAGAUUCAAAUAUGGGUAAUUUUAAACAGACCAGUGUAUCUGACCAAAUGGAAAGCACUUCAUCUGUCUGUAGCAGUCCCCUCAUUAGGACUAAAUUUACAGGUGCAGAUUCUUCCAUUGAGUAUUCUGCUAGACCAAGAGAAAGUGAAGAACAAAGUCCUGAAACAGUGAAUUUGGAAGAUAGACCUUCUACACCUAUUAUCCUGGGUUAUGAGGUGAUGGAAGAAAGAGCUAAAUUUACUGUAUAUAAAAUAUUAGUAAAGAAGACCCCAGAAGAAAGCUGGGUAGUUUUUAGAAGAUACACUGACUUCUCUAGGCUUAAUGAUAAAUUAAAAGAGAUGUUUCCAGGCUUUCGAUUAGCCCUUCCACCAAAACGCUGGUUUAGAGAUAAUUACAAUGCCGACUUUUUAGAAGAUAGGCAAUUAGGAUUACAAGCAUUUCUUCAGAAUUUAGUAGCUCACAAGGACAUUGCUAACUGCCUUGCAGUGAGAGAUUUUCUUUGUCUGGAUGAUCCACCAGGUCCAUUUGAUAGCUUAGAAGAAAGCAGGGCUUUCUGUGAAACUUUAGAAGAGACAAACUACCGUUUUCAAAAAGAACUACUUGAAAAACAAAAAGAGUUGGAAUCACUGAAGAAGCUGCUCAGUGAGAAGCAGCUUCUUAUAGACGCUCUAGAAAACAGAGUCAGGACACUAUCUUUGAAACCUGAAGAAUCCCUGCUCACAUCAGGAACAGAAGCUAGACAGAUCCUGAAGGUGGAGCCCUCUGCGCUUGAGGUUGAUCAAGGUGUCCUGGAUGAAGAAUCUAGAGCUGAUAAUAAGCAAUACUCAAGUUUUAGUGAACCUAAAAAUUCCAUAUCAGACAUAGAAGUAGCAGAAGUGGCAUAUAAUGCAGAAGACUAA